CUUGCUGUGAGGGAAUUUGUGUUCUGCGUAUAAAAUAUCAUUGAGUUUGUGGAAUUUUGUGCAAAACCUAACCAGAUAGUGCUUAAAAAAAGGAAAUGAUUUCCAGUGACGAAUUCCAGCCGCAUAAUCAUGUGGAUGCGAUGGAUUUCCAACUUUAUCACGAGCAUAUGGGAGAGUUCAAUACUUCCGCUUUACAUAGGAAAUUGAUGAGCAAAGUAGAAGCCUUACGUAUUUUGCGCAAGGAGCUGGAGCAAUUUCGCACCGAGCGUGAUCAGUUCAAAUUGAUGGCGGAAACAUUACAACUGCGUUACUCGGCCAUAACACGCAACAAUGACUACAGCAAUUGUCUCGGUUUGGAUGGCAAUAAGACCAGUGUGGCAUCGAUAUUACACGAAACACGAGAAAGAAAUAUAAAGUUAACCACGGAAGUUGAGUCUCUUAAACAGAAAUUGAACGAACUGCAGGGCGAUAUUGAACUUCUGAGGUCUUCUGCAAAAGAAGGGAAAAUGGAGAAGCCACAAGGUGAAGUGGCUGUUGAAACAAACAAUUCGGAGGCUUUACAGUGGAAAGAAGAGCGCUCGAAUUUUAUAUGCCACUUGGAAAACUUGAAAAAGAAGAAUGUGCAACUUGCCUUUGAUUUAAAAACUUUGAUCGAUGAAAAAGAGGAUAUCAUAUCUGAACGUGACGCCUACAAAUGCAAGGCGCAUCGACUGAACCAUGAGCUGUUAAACGCACUAAAAGCCAAUGAAGCGCAUCCGAAGCUUCUUGACAUUGACGGUAUAUUGCUGGAAAAUAAAUAUCUUCACGAACGGCUAAAAAACUUUGAAAGUGAACUGGAUAUAACAAAACAAUCUCUUAACAAAUACAAGACUAUGUUGGAAACGAAGCGUAAAAAGGGUAUUAUUAAACUAGGUUCUCAUACUAACGAUGAAAGUAUUUUGUCCCAUAAACAAGUUAAAACAAUGCUUGAUAGUGGUGUGGACUUGCCAACGAAAACGGAAACAAUACAAGACUUGAAAUCGCUCUGCUUAGCGCUGCUGGACAAUUUAAAUGAUAAGCAUAUUGCUCUAAAUCAUCAAAAGAAAACCAACAAAAUUCUCGCAGCUAAAAUUGCCGAACUGGACCAACGCAUUCAGUGCUUGGCGGGUAUAGGUGACACAAAUGGAGCUGCGUCCUCUUGCAACAGCGAAUAUUCACCUUCACAGUUUUUACUUCAAGGUUACAGCGCUUCGUCUGUCGACUCUAGUAACGUGAUCGAAACAGACACUGCUACCACUACAACAACAACAACUAACACGAAAUGUUCUGUUGUCCUUAAAAUAAACGAUUCGGAGGCAUUGACGACAUCAGAACACGAGGACUCUAAUAAAGCAUCACGACUCGGCAUCUCAGACGACUCUGUGGAUUCGCUAUCAACCGAAUCUGGGCGUAGCAUACUGUCUUCGGAAUACGGCGGCUUUGCCGAAGCUAUGGGCACAUACAGUCUAAGCGAGUUUGCCAAUGCUGCCAUGCAGGCAUACAAAACAUCGCCAUCGACCACCACAGACUCAGGUGGUAAUUCGGGCAGAAAGUCAAAUCCCUCGGCUAAUACACCGCGCAUAACCAGCGCUAUCGUUAGGCAGCGACAUAACGAUUUGAAAGACUUGCCACCAGAGUUGGCUGCUAUGGUGCAGCAAGCGCUCCACGAGUUGGAUAUGCGAGAUUUUGACGAUGUUGUGAACGAAAGCGAGGCAUGUAACGAUGAGGAACUGGGAGAGCAUGAGAAAACAUUGACCGAUAACCGCAGCCCAUGCUAAAAAGACGCAGGCACAAAAAAUGGCAUGCCAAGUUUAAAUGGCUAUGGCUAUCAUUUAUGUUUUUCCAAGUUCAUUUCACGAAUUAUAUUUAUAUGAGUAUCAUAGCAAUGCUUUGUUGGUUAUAGUUAAAGCUUGAUAUCCAUGCCAUAUGGCAUAGCAGAUAGUCAAAUAUGGCAAUAGAACCUAUUGAAUGUUACACACACCCACGAGUACAAAAUCAAAUGCAUGCUCUCAUACUUAAAACGCGUACAUGGCACAAAGCGAAUAGUGUAUGGAAAUUAUUUCUCGGCUAUCCACUUACAUAUUUCAGUUAAAACAAAUAAAAGUCGCAAACAUUUGUGAAAUAAAUAAUGAGACAUACUUU